AUGAAGUGUGUGGGUCAAGUUUUGAGCGCAGUGUGCAAGGUGCUGCGCGACGGCAUCCCAGAGGCAGAGAAGGCGGCCAUCAAGGCCGGCAAGCUGCAGGUGGACGACGACACGAGGGAGGCACGCAGGUGCUGCGCCGACAAGGAGAUCAACGGCCGCGGGUACAGCCAGUGCUGCCUGUGA